CACAGGCAGUGGUGGCUGGGGACACAGUGGCUGUGUGGUUGCUGCUCUCAGCUCCUUUGCUCACUGGGCCCCAUCUGGGCCCCCCUCUGUCGCCCGCUACAGGCCCUGGGCACCAUGUACGAACUCCUCUACACCCAGGAGUACAAACCCGCGGUCCAGUGGGCCUUUGCAGGGAUCCUGCUGGUCCUACUCACCCAGCUCCACUACCUGUUAGAGCUGGGCAUGGUUGAGGGCAUCUCAGACUACCAGGACGACGUCCUAGACUCGAAGCCCCUUGGCCCGGGCAGGAUGUGCCUGGAAGCCCUGAAGGGCCUCUUCUGGACCACCGACAACUGGGAGGUGUUCGCCCACCUCAAGCUACUGAAGGCCUGGGAGCUCUUUGAGCACCUGGAAACCUACACAGAGGGAGUGACCCUCUUGGCCAGGGCCAUAGCCCACUAUGACUGUGAGCUCAAGGCUAUUUUGGGGCAGGCAUCCAUCUCCCUGAAGAGCACCGAGGAACGGGACAAUAUCGUGGCCAUCCUCUUCAUCACAGAGUUUCUCAACAGCCCGAAUAUCUCUCACUUUGCAUCUCGGAGAACCAUGAACAACUUCCUGAGCCUGGGCCUAAAAAAUCCCAACCAGCUGGUGCAGGCCUUGAGCCUGAAGGGCUUCAGCAGUACCCUGAUGCAACCUGAGAAGGAGAUCCUGCUCCAGAACCGGCUGCUGGAGCUGCUGGGCAGUUUCCUGAAGCCCCAGCCCGAGGACCCCAUGGGCCUGAUGCAGGUCCUGGGUGACAUCCUGCACCACCUGAGUGUCCAGGGCAUCGGCGCCCUCAGCCUCAAGAUCGCACAGCACCUGCUGGCCUUGUUUGAGGACGAGAGGGCAGCGGUGCGUGGAGGAGCCAUCUUCCUGUUUGGAGAUGUCAUGUACAGUGGUGGCAAGAAGUUUCAGCAGCCACUUGAGACGGUUGCCUUCCAGGCCCUGGUGCCGCUGCUCUUCCACCUGGCCGACCCCUGCCCCGAAGUGAUCACAAGGACUGUAUGGGUGGCCUGGACCUACCAGCUGCAGCACAUGGCCCAGGUCAUGCAGGCCAUGGCUUUGGAAGCCUUCCAGCCCCCAACCCCUGGCCACAGGCCGGGCAGCAUCUCUGCUGGCCCUGGGCGCCACUCUGUGCAGACCAUUCCUCCAGCAUUAGCCUGCAUCACUGGCCUCUAG